AAAGUAGCUACUAAGCUGUAGUGAAAGUGUCACUUCCUCAAUUCUCUGAGGGACCCUGGUGUGGAACAUCAUUCUCUGCCACCCAGUUUGUCAGAGGGAGCCUCAAGAGAAUCCUCCGUUUCCCAACAUGGUUCUCCGUCGCAGGACCCCACACCCCUUUUCUCUCCUGGUCCAGGCUGCAAUGCUGGCUGAGGCUCUGGCCCUGGGUACCCUGCCUGCCUUCCUACCCUGUGAGCUGAAGCCCCAGGGCCUGGUGGACUGCAACUGGCUGUUCUUGAAGUCUGUGCCUCAGUUCUCAGCAUCCUGUUCCAACAUCACCAGCCUCUCCUUGGUCUCCAACCGUAUCCACCACCUGCAUAACUCUGACUUUGUCCACCUGUCCAACCUGCGGCAGCUGAACCUCAAGUGGAACUGUCCACCCACUGGUCUCAGCCCCUUGCACUUCUCUUGCCACAUGACCAUUGAGCCUGAAACCUUCCUGGCUAUGCGUACACUGGAGGACCUGAACCUGAGCUACAAUGGUAUUACCACUGUGCCCCGACUGCCCAGCUCCCUAAUGAACCUGAGCCUGAGCCACACCAACAUCCUGGUACUAGAUGCUAACAGCCUUGCUGGCCUGCACAGCCUGCAAGUUCUCUUCAUGGAUGGGAACUGCUACUACAAGAACCCCUGCACAGGGGCGGUGAACGUAACCCCAGGUGCCCUCCUGGGUCUGAGCAACCUCACCCAUUUGUCCCUUAAGUAUAACAACCUUACAAAGGUGCCCCGCCAACUGCCCCCCAGCCUGGAGUACCUCCUGGUGUCCUAUAACCGCAUUGUCAAGCUGGGGCCUGAAGACCUGGCCAAUCUGACCUCCCUUCGAGUACUUGAUGUGGGUGGGAAUUGCCGUCGCUGUGACCACGCCCCCAACCCCUGUAUAGAAUGUGGACAAAAGUCCCUCCAUCUGCACCCUGAGACCUUCCAUCACCUGAGACACCUUGAAGGGUUGGUGCUGAAGGACAGCUCUCUCCACACACUGAACUCUUCCUGGUUCCAAGGUCUGGUCAACCUCUCAGUGCUGGACCUAAGCGAAAACUUUCUCUAUGAAAGCAUCAACAACACCAGUGCCUUUCAGAACCUAACCCACCUGCGCAAGCUCGACCUGUCCUUCAAUUACCGCAAGAAGGUAUCCUUCGCCCGCCUCCACCUGUCAAGUUCCUUCAAGAACCUGGUGUCACUGCAGGAGCUGAACAUGAAUGGCAUCUUCUUCCGCUUGCUCAACAAGUACACACUGAGGUGGCUGGCCGAUCUGCCAAAGCUCCACACCCUGCAUCUUCAAAUGAACUUCAUCAACCAAGCACAUCUCAGCAUCUUUGGUAACUUCCAAGCCCUUCGCUUUGUGGACCUGUCAGACAAUCGCAUCAGUGGGCCUUCAGCACUGUCAGAAGCCACCCCCGAGGAGGCAGAUGAUGCGGAGCAGGAGGAUCUGUGGUCUGUGGGUCUUGACCCAGCUCUACUGAGCAUGCCUGGCUCGAAGAACUUCAUGGUCAGAUGUAAGAACUUCAAGUUCACGAUGGACCUGUCUCGGAACAACCUGGUGGCUAUCAAGCCAGAGAUGUUUGUCAACCUCUCACACCUCCAGUGUCUGAGCCUGAGCCACAACUGCAUUGCACAGGCCGUCAAUGGCUCUCAGUUCCUGCCGCUGACCAAUCUGCAGGUGCUCGACCUGUCCCAUAACAAGCUGGACUUGUACCAUUGGAAGUCGUUCAGUGAGCUCCCACAGUUGCGGGCCCUGGACCUCAGCUACAACAGCCAGCCCUUCAGCAUGAAGGGUAUAGGUCACAACUUCAGUUUUGUGGCCAAUCUGUCUAUGCUACACAGCCUUAGCCUGGCAUACAAUGACAUUCAUACCCGUGUGUCCUCACAUCUCUACAGCUCCUCGGUGAGGUUUCUUGACUUCAGUGGCAACGGUGUGGGCCGCAUGUGGGAGGAGGGGGACCUUUACCUACAUUUCUUUCAAGGCCUGAGAGGCCUGCUCCAGCUGGACCUGUCUAAGAAUAACCUGCAUAUCCUCUGGCCCCAGAACCUCAACAACCUCCCCAAGAGCCUGAGGCUGCUGAGCCUCCGUGACAAUCACCUAUCAUUCUUUAACUGGAGCAGUCUGGCCUUCCUGCCCAACCUGGAAGUCCUAGACCUGGCAGGCAACCUACUAAAGGCCCUGACCAAUGGCACCCUGCCUAAUGGCACUCUUCUUCAGAAACUGGAUGUCAGCAGCAACAGGAUAGUCUCUGUGGUCCCAGCCUUUUUCGCUCUGGCCAUGGAGCUGAAAGAAGUCAACCUCAGCCACAAUAUUCUCAAGACGGUGGAUCGCUCCUGGUUUGGGCCCAUUGUGAUGAACCUGACAGUUCUAGAUGUGAGAAGCAACCCUCUGCACUGUGCCUGUGGGGCAGCCUUCGUAGACUUACUGUUGGAAGUGCAGACCAAGGUGCCUGGCCUGGCUAACGGUGUGAAGUGUGGCAGUCCGGGCCAGCUGCAGGGCCGCAGCAUCUUCACACAGGACCUGCGGCUGUGCCUGGAUGAGGUCCUCUCUUGGGACUGCUUUGGCCUUUCGCUCUUGGCUGUGGCCGUGGGCAUGGUAGUGCCUACACUGCAGCAUCUCUGCGGCUGGGACGUCUGGUACUGUUUCCAUCUGUGCCUGGCGUGGCUACCUUUGCUGGCCCGCGGCCGGCGCACCGCCCAAGCUCUCCCCUAUGAUGCCUUCGUGGUGUUCGAUAAGGCUCAGAGCGCGGUUGCGGACUGGGUCUAUAACGAGCUGCGGGUGAGGCUGGAGGAGCGGCGCGGUCGCAGAGCCCUGCGCUUGUGUCUGGAGGACCGAGAUUGGCUACCAGGCCAGACUCUCUUUGAGAACCUCUGGGCCUCCAUCUAUGGUAGCCGCAAGACUCUGUUUGUGCUGGCCCACACGGACCGAGUCAGUGGUCUCCUGCGCACCAGCUUCCUGCUGGCUCAGCAACGCCUGCUGGAGGACCGCAAGGACGUGGUGGUGUUGGUGAUCCUGCGCCCCGAUGCCCACCGCUCCCGCUACGUGCGACUGCGCCAGCGCCUCUGCCGCCAGAGUGUGCUUUUCUGGCCCCAGCAGCCCAACGGGCAGGGCAGCUUCUGGGCCCAGCUGGGUACUGCCCUGACUAGGGACAACCGCCACUUCUAUAACCGGAACUUCUGCAGGGGACCUGCAGCAGAAUAGCUCAGAGCAACAGCUGGAAACAGCUGCAUCUUCAUGCCUCGUCCCCAGGUUGCUCUUCCUGCCUUGCUCUGUCUUACUACACUUAUCUGGCAAGUGCAAAAUAUAUGCUACCAAGCCACCAGACCCACGGAGCAAAGGUUGGCUGUAAAGGGUAGUUUUCUUCCCAUGCAUCUUUCAGGAGAGUGAGGAUUGUCACCAAACCCAACAGAACAGGACUAGGGUUCCGUUCUUUCUCUCUCUCUCUCCCCCAUCCCCCCCUCUCUCCCUCCCUUCCUCCCACCUCCCUUAUUCCCUCCCCCCUCCCUUCCUCCCCUCCUGUUCUCUGAAUACCCUGCCCUGCCCUGCCCUGCCCUGCCUGCAGGCCUGGGACAGCACCUCUCUAUCUCUUGAUCUGGGGUAUUGGCCUUCCUUACCUACUGGCCUGUCUUAAGGGCAGAGAAGAUGAAAGGCUAGUUUGUCUUUGACCCUCAGCAAGGUCCUGAGAAAACUCCCAAGCAGGUUAGUGUUCAUUACUAGGUGUGUAGAAAAAGGGGGAUGCUUGCAGGCUCUGGUCACCAUGCCUAUGCUGGGCAAAGAAGGCCAGCCUUAAUUAGAGUUGGACCAGUAGCAUCAAGGAGCUGAGAGCCAGAGGAGAGUCAAAAGUGUGUUCAACCUUUGUGUGUGUGUGUGUGUGUGUGUGUGUGUAAUACAUGUGUGCGUAGUGUGCAUGUGUAGUGUGAGUAUGCAUGUGUGUAGUGCAUAUGUAUGUGUGUGUGCAUAUGUAUGAAGGUCCAUGUACACAUGUGUGCUUGUGGGGGGGCCAGAGGUCAACCUCACAUGUUAUUCUGGUGCUAUACAUUUUGGUUUUUGAGACAGAACCUCUGAUUGACCCAGAGCUCCCCAAUUAGCCUAAGCUGGCUGGUCAGAGUGCCCCAACAAUCCACCCUCUCCAGCUUCCCGAUUCUGGAUUACAAAGGCAUGCAGCACAUCCAGCCUUUUCACAUGGGUUUAGGGAUCAGAUUCAGCUUGUCAUGCAUGCAUGGUAA